AUGAGCGUUCUCGCGGUUUUCGCCACCAAUAUUGUAUUAGGAUUGUCAUUGACAAUGCUCCUACACAGUCAAACGAUGUCCAAAAGGAAGUCAGGCUCCCGUGUCACGGUGAGAAUAGCUUUUAAGCAUUUUUGCCAAAACUCAGUCUGCGAAACUAAGGUAUCUCUAUCAGCUGUACGAGAAUCUUCGAAUGAACAACUUCUAGAGCUUCUCCAGAAAUUUUGGGUCCAGGAAGAACUGCCAAACGAGAGAUCAUCAACAUCAGAGCUUUCACCAGAUGAGUACGAGUGCGAGAUGCACUUUAGAGCAACUCAUAGCAGAGACAACACCGGGCGAUACAUCUUGUACAGAGAGUUCAUCAACGAGUACGCAGCACUGGGGCACAUGAGAAUAGCACCAGAGACUCCAGAACCCGUGCCAGCUUACUAUCUACCAUAUCACGGGGUACUGAGAGAGGAGGCCAUCACAACGAAGCUGAGAGUCGUAUUCAAUGGCUCUAGCCCCAGUUCAUCAGGUAUGUCAAUUAACGAUAUACUGUAUUCUGGUGAAAAAUUACAGAACGAUGCAAUGGUUAUCCUGACUUGGAUGAGAAGGCACAGGCUCGUAUUUGGCACGGAUAUUGUCAAGAUGUUCCGCCAGAUACGAGUUCACCAAGAUGACUGGGAUCUUCAGAGAAUCCUGUGGAUCGACGAGAAUCAACAACCAGUCACCUACCAGUUAACGACAGUCACUUAUGGACUAAAUUAUUCUCCAUGGUUGUCCUUACGUGUUCUUCAACAACUAGCAGAAGAUGAAAGGCACCGCUUCCCAGCAGCAGUAGAGACACUCACCGGAGGUCGUUACGUUGACGACAUUUACGGCGGUGCAGAGACAGAAGACGGUCUCAAGGAGAUCGCAACGCAACUACAAGGGCUUUGCCAUGCAGGAGGCUUCUCUCUACAGAAGUGGAGCAGCAAUUGUCCAGAGGCUCUGCAUGAGUUGGCCCUAUCAACUGACGAAGAAAUUAUCCAGUUCGAGGAGUCAGUCACCAAGGUACUUGGAUUGUAUGAUUAUGUUCAACGCUGGAAGACAUUCCGAGAGAAUCUCAACGACCUAGACAGAGUAAUUGUACCUAGAUGGCUGAGAAUUUCAACAGAGACACUCAACAUCCAAAUUCAUGGAUUUGCAGACGCUUCAACGGUAGCCAUGAGUGCAGUGGUGUAUAUUCGCAUCAAAACCAUCAACGACUCGACAUCAACAGUACUGGUAUGCGCGAAAACUAAGAUAGCACCACUCAAGCGCAUGACCAUCUCUCGUCUAGAGCUCACAGCAGCUCUUCUACUGACUCAGCUAGUGGCAUCAACGAAGAAAAUGCUCCAACUCGACCAGGUAGACACCUAUCUCUGGUCUGAUUCUUCAGUAGCACUAGCUUGGAUCAGGAGCCACGCAUCAAGAUGGAAGGACUUCGUCCACAACAGGGUCGUCAAGAUCCAGGAAACUCUCCCGAAUGCUACCUGGAGACAUGUCAGUGGAAAGGAGAAUCCAGCUGAUUGUGCCUCCAAAGGCAUAUUACCGAGCCAGCUAGAAGAUCAACUGUGGUGGUCAGGACCUGAGUGGAUCAAUCAGGAUCUUGAAGAAUGGCCACAAUCAUCAAUCGACGCCCCAGCUAUGGACAUCCCAGAAGUGGCCAGAGAAGCAAAACCAGCACCAGCACAUCCAGUUGCAAUUAAAAUCAACGAAAUUGCAGAGCUACUCAACAGAUAUCAGACGAUGGCUAAAUUGCUAGCCGUAACAGCUACGAUAACACAACAUCAAUACUUUGGGCCAGCCAUUCGAGUACUCCAGAGAAAUCACCAACUACCGAGAAAUCAUCAACUAGCCAAGCUGACACCCACACUAGACAACGAAAGGAUCAUGAGACUUGGGGGAAGCCUCAAGAACUCGCAGUUAAAUCCAGACGAAAUUCAGCCAAUAAUCUUGCCUCGCCAGUCACGCCUCACCACACUAGUCAUCGAAGAAGCUCACCACAAAACACUACACGGAGGAACUCAACUCACCUUGGCCUACACACGUCAAAGGUACUGGAUAAUCGGCGGCAGAGGCACAGUUAGAGCAUAUAUUCAACGCUGUGCCAUCUGCACCAGACACCGAGGAAGACAAGCCCAGCAACAGAUGGGUCAACUACCAGCAACAAGAAUCUCACCAGCAAGAGCAUUUCUCCACACAGGGGUGGACUAUGCAGGACCAUUCGCCAUNGAGGAAGACAAGCCCAGCAACAGAUGGGUCAACUACCAGCAACAAGAAUCUCACCAGCAAGAGCAUCUCUCCACACAGGG